CCUGAUACAUAUCUGCAUCCUAAUCUACACUAAUCUUCGUUUCACGCGGAUGUUAGACGACAAUCAUUUUCGCUGGAAAUAACACCGUCAACGGGAUCAAGUUUCGUCGGUUUUGUAUAUAGCUGUCAGUGACAUUGUUUAUAAUGUAAGUCACUGUCUCGACGUCAACCAAAACUGCCUCGUGCAUUACGAUUCAAGUGUACGUGUUGACUUCUACAGUCAUGAAAAGAAGAAGUCAGUAAAAGAAUGUGUGCGAUGUUGUGUUUUCUACUAACGGAACCUUAAACUUCUUAAACUAAUUUGUAAGAAAAUAUACGCUAAUCCUGCUAGGGAUACUGACAUUUGUGUAAUGGUGCGAAGUGUCAUAAAUAAUUGUGUUGUUCACUUCCGUGGUAAAUUCAAAUCAGCAACUUGAAAUUCUGGUGACACCAUAGUUUCGUAGUUUUCGAUGAGCCAGCAUUUAGAAGAAAGUCCAGUUUCGGACAAUAAGAUGGAUAUUUCGGAAACGACUAUUUCUCAAGAUUCACCACCUGGUUAUUCGCCAGAUGCAGAAGAUUUCAACUGUGGAGAGUAUCAAACGAAUCAGAUUCGCAUCAACAAUCGUUCGCGAGACCUUGUGGAUGGGAAAAAUUCCUGCACCAGUAUCGUGAAUUCAAAACAUCGAACGCAUCAUGAGAUGAACAGUUUGCCCAGUAAUGAAAACAAUUGCCAAGCACUAGAUGAUCCAGCCAACUUGACAACGGAAAAUCGCGCUUCUGGUAGUAGUGGACUCACUCCAGUUAGCAACCAUCCAUUGAUGCUCAUGUCGCCAACGGGAAGCGAGUCCGACACGUCGGAAUUGGGCAAUUUGAACAGAAACGAAAGACCAAACAGGAAUUUUUACCGCUUUCCGGAUGUUGUACCGGCCAGUGAACAGCCUCCGCUGCGACUAGCUAGUCCCAAUCCGAAAAAAACUUCGGGUACAGAUAGUGUCAGGAAUAGGACUACUAUCACCAGUAAGACAACGAAUACAACUAAAACUCUGACUACAUCGUCUACGUCCACACUUGAUGUGAUAAACAAUAUCGAUGAUACCAAUAACGUAACGAAAGAAUCUUUUCCACGAGACAAUAGUACGGAUUUUCUAAGUAGUGAUUCGGAGCAAGAUCUUUCGCUAUUUCAAGCUGCGGUGACGCCCGCCUAUCAAUCCGUGGCUUUAGUUCAGGCCCAGUCGCAACUGCAACAGUCCUCUCUUCAGCACAAAUCAAUUUCGCCUAAGCUGCAUCAGCGUCGUAAAAUUUCACUUUCAGCCGAGCUCCUGGUAGAUGACAUCAGUUCUCCGGAGGACACUCAAUCCAACCACAGUGUAGACGAUCUACAGCAAAAUUUAGUUUCUAUUAGUCCUUCCUCUUCGAUACUGGACGACAAUGGAUUCAACGUAGAUAUUGACGAAGAUUUUUCGGACCUACCCGGUACACCCAGGAACGGAUCCAGCAGUGCUGUGCUGCCACAAUAUUCCGCGAGAGAUGAAGCUCGUGAUAUUCGAAAUUGGCAAAAGAUUACACUACCUGAUGGAAAGACUCGCGAAAUCGACAUGAAGGUGAUAGAACCUUACAAACGGGUCCUUUCCCACGGGGGAUAUCUCCACUCAGGAGGACACAAUGCGAUAGUUGUGUUCAGUGCGUGUCACUUGCCUGAUCGUUCACGCUCCGACUACCACUAUGUGAUGAAUAAUCUGUUUUUGUACGUCGUUAAAACAUUAGAACAGCUAGUAACUGAAGAUUAUGUGCUGGUAUAUCUUCACGGUGCUUCUAAUAGAGGCAACGUUCCACCAUUCCCAUGGCUUAAGAAAUGUUAUCAACUACUUGAUAGACGGCUACGAAAGAGCUUAAAGAAUCUAUAUAUGGUGCAUCCAACCUUCUGGUUGAAAUCGAUAGUUUGCGUGGCACGUCCAUUCAUAAGCUCAAAGUUUUGGCGUAAGUUGAUUUACGUUAAAACGCUGGAUGAGUUGUACCAACUUGUGCCCGUUGAACGAGCGGCCGUUCCCGAAAAGGUGAAAAGCUUCGAUUGUCGACAUUCCUAACUUUUAUCGCAGCAAUGUGUUACAACUAUAAUGGAUCUCAACCGUAAGCGCUAUCUGCGUCGAUCUCGCUAUCAACAGAAUCAUCAUCGUAGUUCAACCAGCAUCAAUAGUAGCAGUUGACAAAUAUCGGCAUUGAGGUAGAACAAUUCCUUCGUUUUGUGGAAUGCAAUAUGCAAUCACUAAUCAUAUCGACCUAGUCAGAAUUGUCGUCACCCAGACGCGAGGAAAAAUGAGCAGAUGCUUUGUACUGCUGUUCUGGGAGGACGAUGUAAAUCAAUAAGUAAAUGAUAAGCAAUGAUUUCAUCGAGAGCAGUUAUAAUAAAAAAAAUCUAUGUUACUUUUCCACGUGAUUCAAAGCAAAGAAUUGUACGCUGUAAAUAGAAAUUUACGUUUCGUGCGUUGAAACCUUAGCUUUGCUGCGUUCCAGUGUAAGGAUAUUGUUGGAGUUUGUGUAGUUUGAUUUAAGUAUCCGGCACUUAAGCUUUGUAUAUUUCCGUAAAAUUUUCUUCCUUUUUAUUGCGCUUAUUUUAUAUAACCGUUUUUUCCUCUGAAAGUGAAUCAUUUGACUCAUUAGCGUAUAAUUUUGUUCGUUGCUAUAAUUAUUUUGAAUACAUCAGUAUUUUUAUCAGAGGUAGAUUUCUCUGAUAAGUUAGACAAUUCUACCAAUAAAUUAAUAUUUAUAUUUGCUAGUUCAUGGCUUCCCGAUAGAUGUACCGUGCAGUAGAUGUCAGAUCUUGAAAUGAACUCGAAUCGUAAAUUAGGUAGCACUCGUUUACGUUUAGAGUUACCGUUUUAGGGUACCUUAUUUGAAACCUGAUAAGUUUCUUCUUUGGAACGCAAAAACCAGUUAGUAACCAGAAAAAUCUACUUGUCGAUAUGCGUACUGAUUUCGACUUGUAACAGUUUCACAAAUGUGUUAAAAUACUGUGACAUUCAUUAUCAAAAAGUGUUUAUGAUUGUUAUAUACAUCGAUGUACAAAAAGAUUGAACGACGCCAUUCCGCUUCCACAUGUGCGAACAAUUCUAUCACACCGGUCUAUGGAAUUGUAUAAUCAAUAGCAUUAAUAAUGAGUUUUUGAAAAAUAAUCAAACAUUGAGUUCGACGUAUCCGAAAUAUUUGAAAAAACCCUCUAGAAUAUGUAGGUAUAUCUUUUGAUCUCGAUUAUCGUUCUGUAAGUUAAAAUUAUGUCCACUUUAAUUUUUGUCUUAGUACCUAGUAAAAAUGCAUGCAUAUACUAAUGAACACGAAUAAAUUAUUCAUCAAAAAUAAAAAAAACAAGUGAUAGUUUGAACAUUAUUGAUUUGAAGAAAUCUAGGUUUAUCUGUUAAAAGAAUCUUUGUUCAAAGUCAUUUUUUCCAAAUUAUGAUAUUUGUUGUUGGAAAACUACAAUUUUCAAACGAAAGCAAUCGUUUCUUAUGUGCAAAAAUUAUAGUUUAGCGAUCUCUAUUCAAAUUACAGAUACAUGUAAUCGAUCGUUCGAAAAGUUUUAGUUCAUAGUUGAUAACAAAAGUAAUUUAUCAAACGUUACAUUU